AUGUCCUCGGCAAAAGCAAUCGAAACGGUUUCCGUUGACAGCGUCAAUGCCAAAUCGUUUCAAAAGCACUAUGUCUUAAAACGGAAACCUUGUGUGAUACAGGGGUUGGUGAAGGGCUUCGAUCUAGAUUUGUUUCAACUGGAAAAUCUGGCAGAUUUUUUGGAGUAUGACGAUUUUUUGCAGGUGGAGCGGAAACAUCGUGGCGGGUACGGGUCCGGAGAAAAUCGAGUCAACUUGAAAUUGGCCGACUUUCUGGAUAAGCUGAAAAACGGAGAUCAUUCUUUGUAUUUGACAACGCAGUACGAAGACGACCAUGUGGACGAUGCGUCGGAUGACUCCGCUAGCGUUGAAUCCGGACCGGGAGCUGACUUUGAAUCUGACUCUGAGAUCGGGUCUAUAGAUCUCGACAAUCUCCACGACGACUUUGAAUUAACCGACGACGAGGCGGACAACGACGACGAAUUCGCCGCAGCACACGCCCGUGUUCAGGAACUGCUACAAAAACCGUUGACAAACCUCUACAGGAAAUGGUCAAUGGACCUGAUCAGGCCCGAACUACUUGAAAUUCUCGUGCCACAGCAGAUCAACCUCUGGAUGGGCCGAUCCGACCCAGACUCGCGGUUACUGUUCAAUGCCAAAGAGCCUAACCUGGGACUCGGAAGAUCGUUACCUUCUCCCGGUGCCUCGUCUUCAGGUCUCCACCAUGACCAUGCAGACAACCUGUACAUACCAAUUUCAGGUCGCAAAAGAUUCACCCUGUUCCCGCCGUCGGACGCACCUAAUUUAUACAUGGUUGGAGACAUACAGACGAUCUACCCGUCCGGAAUCAUCGACUACGUGCGGAACAAGAAUGCCCCGUUUUGGAAGCACGUCCGUGGGGACGGUGCCUUAGUGGAACAAAUUGCGCUGUGGCAGCUGGAGACUUUGGACUUGGAUGAGGCCCAAAAAAAACGGCUCGAGUCCGUGGUGGAGCAAGAGUCUGUUGUCCAGGCCGAGAAGGCCACGUCAGGCACCUCCAAAAAAGACCCGCCGUCGUUCUCGCGGAUUCCACCAGCUCUACUGCACUUGGACGAGGUCGAAGACCCCGAAACCCGACAACAGAUGCAAAAGCUUCUGGACGAGUCGUUUCCGCUACUUAAAAAUUGCACUCCUGUUGAGGUCAUAGUGCAGCCCGGCAUGAUGUUGUACCUGCCUGCGGGGUGGUUACAUGAGGUUUCUUCAUUUGGAACGGGCAGCGAUCUCGUGCAUACGGCGGUGAACUACUGGUUUGCACCGCCGGAUCAAGCCUCAUGGUCAGUAUACUCGGAUGAUUACUGGACUCGUGAUUUUGACGAAACGGGAAAAUGUCUUCGUGUCUUGCACAGCCGCAGCCGAUAA